AUGCAGACUACCACAGGUCAUCAAGAGGCAGAUGCAAACGGUACGAGCAUACCUUAUGAGCCCUCGCCUGACCAGCUGCCACUCUUGCAGUCCUCUCCUUCUUUCGUCGAAGAGCUCAAAAUCCUCUCCUUUGAGGCAACAGCUGAUCGUCAUCUUGGAUCUUCAUCUGGCCUCUCCUUCGCCAAGUUGACACAAACCGUCCUCCGACGCCUGAAUCCCGACAAGGCUGACUUCAGCUUCAACAAUUUUGAGACUGAGGAUGACAUGUGGCCGCAGUUGAACUUUCUCUCGACUUCAGACCUUUUGGAUUCAUCACUGUUCGGUGGAUUCCGGGACCCCUUCAUGUGCUACCCUUCGAUGCUUGAUGGAUUCUCCCCAACUGCGCCAGCCGAGCCCACCUCCCACCCAGAGCAACCAGUUUCGCUCGAAGGCAGUCAUGUUGACCAGCUCAUACGGUUCUACUUCGCUCACUCCCAUACGUUAUACCCAAUUGUCCAUCGUGAGGAGUUUGGUAAGAUACUAGAUCACGUUCGAGCGGAUCCUCUGUGUGCCUUAGCCCAGUCAUCCCUGUGCCAAUUCCGCAUAUGGAUGGUCCUUGCCAUUGGAUCAACAGCGCAAUGCUCAGUUACCCUUUCAGAUGAGUCCGAAUCAAUGAUGUACUACAACAAAGCACUCGAGCACUUUGAAGGUGCUCUCGAUUAUGGAUACAUGGCCGCGUUGGAAGUUGUACUUCUGCAAGUUUCUUAUUCUUUUUUCAACCAACUCGGGCCCAAUACAUGGACUUUGGUUGGUCUCGGCGCGCGUAUGGCAAUUGGAUUGGGCAUGCAUGCCUCCUCAACCUAUGAAGGCCUACCAGCCGACGUGUCUGAAAAGCGGAAGAGACUAUUCUUUUCCGUUUAUAUGAUGGAUCGCGUUGGGGCGGAAAGCAACCCGCUCGGGAACUCAUUCAAGCCAUCUGCGAUGGCGGUCCCCCUCCACAUUCUCGAACUGCGGCGGAUUGCCAGCGAUAUUACGACUUUAGUCUAUUCGCACAGAAAAUCUGCCAGCCUAAGUGUUGAAAAGCGCGAAGAAGUAACAUAUUCACUUCAUCAGAGACUUCUUGACUGGCGUCGUAAUAUGCCCUUCCCCCUUCCACACACCGACGCGGCAGUACCACACCUCAACAGCAGCUGGUAUGACUUCAACUACUACCUUCAUCUUGCCAUGUUAUAUCGACCAUCUCCGUUGUUCCCGAUUCUAACACAAAGUCGUGUAAAAAUACUAGCGGAAGCUGCAUCCAUGUCUAUUCGGCAAGUGUCCAAUAUGCACCGACAACAGUGCCUUGCCUACAAUUGGCUCAACCUUCUCUCGAUAUUUACCGCAACUUUGUCCCUGAUAUACGCCACAACUGUCCAGCCAGAUAAUUUGACCUCUGUUUUGAAGGACAAGAGAGCAGUGGCCGACCUUGACUUGACUAUUGAGCUAUUUGACAAACUUAGCGUCAAGUUCCCUGUGGCCGGCAAGAUACGUCGGAUGGUUGAACAGAUAUCUACUAGGUACAAGGAAAUGAUGGAAGUUGACGAGGCGUGAGCUGAUAUGCCAAGAAAUCAGCGACUUACUAUUUAUUGCAAUCUCAUCCAGUCAAGUUUAUCGGUAUGAAUGAUGUCUAAGUUACCAGCGCUGAUCAUUGGUUGGUUGGCGGCUUGUCCGACACAGAUGAUAAGCCUCCAGCCUGAGGGGUCGGGUCGUCCGAUGAUUAAUCGCCACAUCGCUAUUCGACCCCCGACCGACAUGGUCGCAAUUGAGGGGGAGGAUAGAUACAUGGGAACUUUCCGGGGGUUUAACUUUUACGAACUUGCUAUUCUCCUUAGCCCAGACUCAUAUAAUUACUGUUGGCAGUGUUCUAUUGUUCCUUUGUCGCAGAUGUAACUACUAUUACUUUGCUCCUGAUUUGAUAUUCAACGAGAAGCUAGAUAGGGUCAACUCAUGAUGUCGGCC